AUGUCGUACCUCCUCAACAAAGCCACCAGCGCUGCGAAAAGCGUCCAGAGCACCGUGGUCAGCACAACUCACCUCGAAAGCGUGACCAGCAAAUUCGGGUUCGAAAGCGUCACCAGUGCCGUGACGAGUAUAAUCACCAGCAAGGAUACCGGCCCCAAGCACAGAUACUCCAGCUCGGCGCCCAUCUCGGAGGGGAACAGCGUCAAAUAUCAUGUCAGUGGAUGCUCGUACUUUUGGGCUGUCUCUGAGGCGUUGGAGAAAGCUAAGGAGUCGGUUUGGAUCCUCGGGUGGUGGGUUUCACCAGAAGUAUAUCUGAGGCGACCGCCCUCGGAGAAUGAACAAUACCGACUCGACCGGAUGCUGCUGGCGGCUGCUGAACGGGGCGUCAAGGUCAACAUUAUUGUGUUUAAGGAGAUUCCUCAAGUUAUGUACCUCUCCUCGCACCACACACAACGCGCACUGGAGGCGUUACACCCCAACAUCGCUGUCUUCCGAUAUCCAGACCAUUACACCGGCGCAAAAGGAGUGCUAUCAUCGACCAAGAGCCUGCUCCAGAACACAAUAACCGGAGGCGCAGCAAACCUAGGCAAGGUAUCCGACGAAUCGUUGCAGAACCUAUUCGCAUUGGCCGGCGGACCGACCUUGCUCUGGGCACAUCACGAGAAACUCGUCAUCUGCGACCGACAAACUGUCUUUAUGGGCGGUAUCGACCUCUCCUAUGGUCGGUGGGAUACAAUCCAACACCCGAUCGCCGAUGCUCAUCCUGGAAACCUGGACGACAUCGUUUUCCCGGGCCAAGACUACAACAAUGCUCGAGUGAUGGAUUUCAAGAAUCUCGAUAACUGGGAGCACAACAAACUCAGUCGGCUGACGACAUCGAGGAUGGGCUGGCAGGACAUCUCCAUCAGCCUUUCCGGGCCGGCGGUUGUAGACCUUUGCAAGCAUUUCAUCGAACGCUGGAAUUUCGUCCACAGCAUGAAAUACAACACGGGUCUCCCACGGGACUCGCGAUACGAACGCAUCCCACCAAUCGCCGAUCAACCUGCUCAGGGUGCAUCGUCUCAACCCGCUGGUCCCAUGGCAUGCCAGCUCGUUCGCAGCAUCGGCAGCUGGAGCGGCGGUCCAUCCCUCGAGCACAGCGUGUACAACGCGUACAUCAACAUAAUCGAGAAGAGCGAGCAUUUCGUAUACAUUGAACAGCAAUUUUUCAUCACAGCGACGGGAACUUGGCUGGGAACGGUCUGGAACCGCGUCGGCGAAGCUCUUGUGCAACGAAUCCUCCGCGCCGCCCAGGAGAAGAAGCGAUACAAGGCAAUUGUUAUCUUACCCUCCGUACCAGCAUUUCCGGGAGACCUGCAAGCUCUGAUAACAGGCCAUCCGCCGCGAGCGAUCAUGAAGCUGCAGUACAAGUCCAUUUCUCGCGGUGGGUUUAGCAUCAUGGACAAGAUCAGACGAGCCGGCGUCGAUCCAAAGGAGUACAUCAGAUUCUACAACCUGAGGAACUAUGACCGUAUCAACGAAAGCGGAGUGAUGCAGAAGGCCGAGCAGGCUAGUGGAGUCGAGUAUAAACUUGCCAGCCAGGACCACGACGAUAUCGUGGAUCCCUUCGGUUUGCGGGCGCAGAAAGAGAUGGGCGAAUUUGAAGGCGACAAUGUCACUGCAAACCACGAGGCGUACCAGAAAUAUCAGAACGCCACGGAUCAUGCGCAUAGCAGCUGGGACUCUGUCAGUUCAUGUUAUAUGCUCGGUGGCACCGACAUCCGCAAAGUCCCCUGGGUAGGCGGUGGCAAUAUCAAGGAAAUCGACGCCUUUGUGAGCGAGGAGCUCUAUGUGCACUCCAAGGUGCUGAUCGCCGAUGACCGGGUCGUGCUGUGCGGCUCGGCAAACCUAAACGACAGGUCUCUCAAAGGCAGUCGAGACUCGGAGAUUGCGUUGGUAAUCGAGGAUCCGACGCCCAUCGCUACGACGAUGAACGGGCAGCCAUUUCAAGCCAGUCGCUUUGCGGCCAGCAUGCGCCGAUACCUCUUCCGGAAACAUCUGGGCUUGCUCCCUCCGCAGGACAUGCGCAAGCCGGACGGACACUUCAUGCCCGCCCCGGGCGACAACGAGUACGACUUUGGGUCCACGGAAGACGUCCUCGUCGCGGACCCGCUCAGCGACCGGUUCCUCGAGCACUGGAACGGCGUAGCGGAGCAGAACACGCUGGCGUUCCGCAAGGUCUUUGCGCCGAUGCCGGACGACACGGCGCAAACCUGGCUGCAGUAUCAGAUGCUAUUCUGGAAGCGGUUCACGGGGCCUGACGGCCUGCACAUGGCCCAGUGGGGCCACGUCAUGAAGGACAAUUUCCCCGCAGGCGACGAAGGGGUCAGUGCCGUCAAGGACGAACUGGCCAAGAUUAGGGGUACGCUGGUCGAGAUGCCGCUCGAGUUCCUGGCCAAAACAGACAUUCAGAUCGAGGAUCCGGGGUAUAAUAUCAUUACGCGGCAGGGGUAUGUGUGA